AUGGCAGACCACCAGGGAGGAUACCCUAAACGUCCAGAGGAAGCCUCCUGUGUCAAUUGCGGCGGAUCUGGACACUGGGCUAUUGCAUGCCCAGAGCCAACGCGUGAAGUUACUGCAGGAUUUGAGGCGUGGCGGAGCUCGUCACAUGGUGGCCAGAGAAGUGGCAAGGACCACAACCGUGGCGGCAACAGACGGCCUAGCGCUCCUAUCAUCACCAGAUAUGGACCUCAAAGCACCCAGGACCUUUCCAACUUUCCACCUCCUGGAUACAAUCCGGGGCCCCCAGCGCCAUAUCCAGUGCCAUUUCCAGCGCAGACUCACGAGUAUGCGCCACCACCACCUCCUGCUGACCAGGGCUUCCCCCAAUACCCCCCUCCAGCCCAUUAUCCUCCAGCUCAUUAUCCGGCUGAAUAUCCUCCGGGUUAUCAAAUUUCACUUCCGGAACCUGUACUACCUCCAUCGUAUGGGCCUCCUCCACCAGGCCAUCAGCUAACUCAUGUGCCUCCUGGAACAAAUGGGUCACCACCAACGAUGCAGGCUCACCUGGGCGGAUACCAACCUCAGGUCCCUGCCACUCUUUAUCCUCAGGUUUCUGGCAGCUACCCUCCACUCCCCCCGCCUGUGUACACCGGACCUCCUGGUCUUGCACAAGCUCCCGGUCGCUUUGAGCCUCCCACAAAACCCAACUAUGUUCAUGGUGGCUCUGAUAAGCACCAGUUCAACAGGGGAUCAAAGCCCAGGAAGCAGGCAAAGCAGGCUCCACAACAAAAGCCUCUACCUUCAGGUGAAGGAUUGGCACACGCACUUCCACCGAAGCCCCCCAUCAAAAAGCUUCCUCCUGCAUAUCUGCAUCCAUCGUAUCUCUCAAACCUUCAUCCAGGAAAUCAGAAUAGGUUGGAUUGGCGACGUAGUCAGCGAAGCCAGAAGCAGCAAGAACGCGACCGAUCCAACCGGGAGAGGGGCAACCAGAACGGCGGUGCCAACAACCGGCGAAACUCCAGUCAUAGGAAGCAAAAUGUGUCGAACAAGAGCAACAGUCCACGAUUUCGCAAGAGAUCCGGAGACGGCGCUUCAGCUGAAGAUGCAAAAUCUGUUACCACCACUGAGGCAUCACCAGCCAGGCUCGAGCCAGAAGAUAAGUCUAAUGAGGCGUCGACGCCUCUGAAGACACCUGAACCUGAGCUAAAAGAUGAGAAGCCUCCCACUGAAGGAGGCUCUAGUAACCAAGAAGUUACAGAGCCCCAUGACCAGGAGAAGCCAAACGUCGCAGACCAGCCGAAGGAGAACUCGGACGACGUCAAAGACGCCAGUGUCAACUCCGAGAGCGGGGACGUAAAACCACUUCCUAGCGAUGAUCCUGCUACAGAGCUUGUCAGCAACGAUACAGAGCGUGCGGAGACUGUUGAAAAAGACUUUACUGCCAUCCCGGAACAAGAGAUCUCAGCUGAUAAACCUUGUGCUGAGCAAGAAUGUUCAGAAGAGGCCAAUUCUGAGGCACCUGAUACCGUGGAAGAGCCAAUCGAUCGUCAAGAUAUGGGACGAAAGCGUAAACUCACAAAUGAGGAGGAUGACUCUCCUCAAGAGCGUCCCAUUAAAAGACAAAAGUCAUCCGAAGCUGAGGGCCUACAACCUAAGGAGCCACUCCAGGUGAAUGAAACCAACAAUGGUCCUCAGUCGUCUGAAGACAGCAGCCUCCCUGUUCCGCUUGAAGAACAGUUGCCCUCAAAUAGGAGAGACUCUAUUCUCAGCGGUGGAUCCCGGCCUGCAUCUAGAAGGUCAUCAGUCUCAAGUCGAUCAUCCGGCCUGGACUCUCUCGAAGCUGAGUUACUAGGCCGGCCUUCCAAGGAGAAAUCUAAGACUGAAACGAAAGAAAAAAAGAAGAAGACGGAUGGCCGUGGAACUGGCAAGAAACGUCAGCCCAAGGUCAACUCUGCCUAUAGUCGCCGAUGGUGA